AUGUGUGGCUUGGCCUUCUGGCUGCGGUUCAAGUCGAAGAUUGACUGGAAGGAUGCAGCGAGCAUUUUCCCAGAGGCCUUGGCAGAAGAGGAUGCCUUUGAAGCAGCUGUGGCGGUGCUGCCACGGAGAGGACCCGAUGCCCAAGGUACAGAAGUUGUUGAUCUGCCAGAUGCACACCUGGAGCUGCAGGCCUGUGUACUGCACUUGCGUGGCGAGGCGGUGACGGCGCAGCCUUGUCCUGUUCACGAGGGUGGUCAACUCCUCUUCAACGGAGAGAUCUAUGAGAGCUCCAGAGGAGGCAGUGACAGCUUGGACUUGUCCAGCAGCGACACAUGCUGGCUUGCUCGACAAUUGGCAAAUUGCGAGGUCAUAAGUGAUGGCGCUGACAAGCUGACACUGGCUUUGCGUGACCUGCUGGAGACCUUGCAUGGCCCCUUUGCAAUGGCAUUUUGGAGUCCCAAGUGUCACGCGUUGUUUGUUGCCCGAGACCGGUUGGGACGCCGUUCUCUCCUUGCCGCCAGAACAGCUUCUGGUGUGGGAGUGGCCUCAGUUGGGUCGAGCGUCUCAUGGCAGGAGCUACCUGUCACAGGCGUUUUUGUUUUUGAUUUGGUGGCCCGCUCUGUGCGACAGCUGCCCUGGCGCCAGCCAGCGCCCUUCGCACAGCCCUGGUGGUGGUCAACGGACAACGCCUGCGACGAGGCCAACCUGCGGCUGGCCUUUGGCCGGUUGCUGUCGGAGGCAGUAGCAAGACGAGUGGAGCAUGUGGCAGGUGCUGGCAUUCGCGUCGGGUUGCUCUUUUCGGGGGGCUUGGACUCCACCGUGUUGGCAGCUUUGGCAGCUGAGGCCUUGCCUCAUGAGACCAUCGAGUUGAUCAAUGUUGCCUUUGACAGCAGAGCCCCUGAUCGCCUCACAGCGCUUUGCAGCUUUCAGGACCUGCUCCGGCAGUAUGGCCCUGAGCGCUUCCGCUUGGUCCUGUCAGACAUUCGUCAGGAAGAUUUGCUGGCAGAGGAGAUAUCUAUUUGCCGAUUGUUGGGUCCCAAGGCAACUCACUUGGAUUUCAAUAUUGCAGCAGCCUUAUGGUUCGCUGCCCGAGGACGUGGCCUCCUUUGCUCGCCUGACUUUGUGUCCCAACCAUGGUGGGCUCCAACUGCAGCAUCAUCACUGCAGCUGGAGCCGUCAAAGCCAGUGAAGCCUGCAGGACCAAGUCAGAAUGAGAAGGUGAGCUGCGUGACCUGCGUGCUACCUGCCAAACCCGGCUGCCCACAUUUAUCCUGCAAGCUUUGCUGCCGAAAGUUGCACAAGGCCUCAGGCGAACCAAAGGAGUGGUGCCCUGUGCACAAGAUCAAGGCUCCAAGUGCAGAGCAACCUGAAGCUGAGCCAGAAGCCGAGGUGUGCAUCGAGCUGAGUGCUCAAAGAUGUGCUCAUCCUGAGGCUGAAGAGAUUCGGGCAUCCUGCCGAGUGUUACUGGUUGGUACAGGUGCUGACGAACUACUGGGUGGAUACAGCCGGCAUCGCACAGCGCGCGCUAAGCGGGGUGCGGAUGGUACACGCAGUGAGAUGCUCAAGGAUCUUCAACGGCUUUGGACGAGAAAUUUAGGCCGAGACGAUCGCAUCAUCGCCGAUCAUGGCCGUGAAGCCAGGCACCCGUUCCUGGAUGAUCACUUACUUGAGUUUGUUGGUCGCUUGCCCAUCGAGCUGGUGGCCUAUGGCAUCGGAGGUCGUUUAGAGCGGAAUGAUGGCGGAGGCGUUAGCAUCGUCGUGAUGCAGGUGCCUCCAAGCCUCAACAAAAUGGACGUACUCAAUGAGUACUUUGGCAGGUUCGGGCCUGUCUCCUCUUUGCAAAUCAAUCAGAUGCGCCAUGAGGCCAUAGUCACCUUCAGUCGCAUGGAGGAUGCAGAGGAGGCUUUGCGCUUUCCAGUGCUGAAUGAUCCCUCCAUAGGCUUGAGACCAUGGCGUCCGAAGGCGGGGCAGCGAGCACCGGAUGAUGUGCCUGGUGAGGCCAACGCGCCUGUUGUGCCUAGCAUACCGAUCAUUGCCAGCGGCAACAUGACUUUAGAGUCUGCAAGCGUCCUCGAAGCCAAGAGAAAGCGAGAGGAGCUGCAGGAUCGGCGGAAGGCUUUGCUUUCCAGCCUCACUGACCAGCUGAAGCAAGUCUUGGCGAGGAUUAACGAUCCAUCGACUUCCGACCGGAAUCGGGAGCAGCUGCAGACCAUCCUAGCCAACAUCAAAGACAAGAUCAAUGCCCUAACUCCUGUUCAGAAGGAGGAUCCAGCAAAGCGACGGCCGAUGCCAAUGCGCCCUCUGCCGUAUCAGACCACGCUGGACAAUCGGCCAAGACCUGCAGUUCUGCAGCUCUCGAAGCUCCCUGAAGAGAUGCGGGGACCUGAUGGAGAGGUGCAGCUGCGAGACGCUUUAGGUGACAGUGUCGAGUGGAUCCGCGAAUGGUCUGAAGAUGGCAGCUCGUGCAUGGUGCGCUUCCGAGAUCGCCGGCAGGCUGAGGCUGCUAUUCAGGAUCAGAAGGUGUGGGGCUUUGUGGCGAAGAUUCAGGAUGAGGCUCCACACUUCCGUCGCAAGCCUCCAGUACAUAGAUUCCAGCCCACCAGGCACAUGCACAAGGUCUUUAGGCCUCCUCGCAUGGUAGAAAGGGCACCUGGCAGCCCAGAGACGGAGGCUUUCGAUUCAGACAUCGAAGACCCUGACCUGCUGGCCUCCAUGCGAGAGGAACCUCAGGAAGUACAAGAGGAAGCGCAUGAUGGUGAGGAGCCAAUGGUCCAGGCCAGAGAAGAUCAGCCUGCCACUGCGGAGGCAGAAGAGCCUGAGGUACCCUUGCCGCCCACGCCGCUAGAGCCUGAUGCCCAGCCGUCAGCACCAUCAGAGCUGUCGGCGGAACCUGUGGCAGACACCUCUGACAAACCAGCAGAGGAUGGGCUUCCUGAGUCUGGCCCUGCUGAGGCUGCACCAGCCACAGCCGAGCAGACCCAAUCUGCAGCUACGGAUCCUGCGCCUUCAGAGGUCCUGGAGCCCCUUGCGGCCCUUGCUGGUGCUGCAGAGCCAUCGGAGCCUGCUCAUCUUGGCGCACCUGAGCCAGCAGAACCUGCAGAACCUGUGGACCCUGCAGAACCUGCAGAGACUGAGCCUGCGCAGGAAGAUGCAGCAGUGGAGGCUCCUGCGGCUGAAACGCCAGCAUUGGAGGCAAGCAAAGCUGAUGUGCCUAAGGGAGCUGCGAAACCGACAGCAAAGGCGGCAAAGGCCAAGGCAUCUCAGAAAGCGAAGGCUGAAAAAGCGCAACCGAAGGCUGCGAAAGCCAAGGCAAAAGUGACGGCUGCAAAGGCGAAAGGGCAGAUUCGGGCAGAUUACUAUUUCAUCAUGUUUCAUCUACGAAUAUCAUAUAUAGUAUCUACUACGGUAUCAGGCACUCAACAGUGUUUCAUUCUGGCUUCAAGUUCGCCCAAUACAGAUCAACCUUCGCUUCAGGCCUCCUCUACCCGUGGCCGUGGCCGAGGCCGUGGUUGACCUGGGAUCUGAGCGCAAGCGGCUUCCAGUGGCACAAAUGAACGUAGCACAUUCUCAAGAUGAAGCUGUGUAGGAGAGCUUGACCCA